AUGGUUGUUAACUAUAGACCGAUUUCCAUCUUAUCGAAUUUAUCAAAAGUCUUCGAAUCUAUAUUACAUAAGUACAUCUAUAAUGCUAUUAAACUGAAUAUCUCUAUUUCACAGUAUGGGUUUAUGGAAAGACGAUCAACGAUCACCAAUCUUGUUACGAGUACUUUUUGUCAAUACCUUUCUGAAAAUAUGGAUACACAAAUACAAACUGAUGCAAUUUUUACAGAUUUCAUUCGAUCUCCAGUACAUCUGAUGUGUAACAACUUUAAUAAAUUAUGCUCAACUUGUGAUAUCUUGGAAGACAACAUUAAGAAGUUGAUCCGUACUGCUGCAGCAAGUUACAUUGUAACUUAA